UAGAAAAUGUAAGGUAUAUACACAAGAGCAAGCAUUGAAGUAUCUUGAUAAACUGGUGAGAUAGUAUUUGAGAUUUAUUCUACAAAUAUCAUAGCUGGAUCACAUUGAAAUCGAAGAAGCAUGGGUUCCAAAGACAAGCAUGAAGAUGAGGAAUCACUUAGUAUAGGCCUAAAGGUGAUGCUAGCAGCAGCUAUCUUUUUAUUUUGUAUGAUCUCAAUAAUCAUCAUCUUCCAUUUUAGUAUGAAAUAUUUCAUCAGACGGCAACGAAGGAGACGCCAAAACGAGCUUCUUCACCAGAUCACCACUCAGAUUGCACCGAUUGAUGUGAGUUUUGUGGAGGCACGCAACCCUGGACUUCAAACUUCCAUCAUAGCCUCUCUGCCUAAACUUUUGUACAACCAAACGGAACAGUUCAAGCAAGGUGAAGUGACAGAGUGUUCGGUUUGCCUAGCCACUGUUACUAAGGAUGCAAUUAUCAGAGUGCUACCAAAUUGUAAGCACAUUUUUCAUGUUGAUUGUGUUGAUAAAUGGUUUAAUUGUAACUCCACAUGCCCAAUUUGCUACAAUGUGGUUGACCCUAAGGUGGCAUCAGAAGAAGAAGAUGGUGAUUUAGGCACAAGGAUCCACCAAGUCCAACCCACAGCACCACCUGUUGUGGGUGGUGGUGAGGUGCAAGAUGGAACUGAAAUGGAAAAGGUGUAAUAUCUCGGUCGGAUAUUACUAAUUUAAGUAAUUAAAAUUAAGAAAUAUGAUGAAAACCUUAUUUAUUAUACUUCGCUUCCCAAAAACGCGGGAAAUUUUAAAACAUUUAUUAAUCGGAUGUUAUCCAAAAAUCCAUAAUUUAUGAAACUCCAAUACAAUAUCCAAAUUCACAAAUCAGUAAAACACUGUUUACAAAUUUCAUAAAAACAAUAACGAUAAAACUCCAGUAAAAUCUUUUCCUAGUUAACCCUCUCUCCGAUGCUAUGCCUCAUCAGCACCACCUGCAACAUCAUCUGCUCCCGUGUAACGCAUUACACGAUCAUCGCCAAAC